AUGGUUCGACCUUUUUUUGCUUCCCCUUUGAAAAAUAUUCCGGGGCCAUAUUGGAAUAGGGUUAGUGUAUUUCCAUCUUUAAACUCUCAAAGGACACAUAAGUGGAUUGAAACCGUCUACAAUCUACAUUCAAAGUACGGUACAGUGGUAGUUCUUUCUCCUUAUGAGAUAUCUGUCAAUGGAUCAUCUCAAUACAUUAAAGACAUAUAUGUGAAAAACUUUUGCAAAGGUAAGUUCUAUGAUAAUUUUCGCAAUCAUGGCCAUGACAAUCCAUUUUCCGAACUGAAAAACGAUGUUCAUUUGAAAUAUAAGAAGAUAUUAAUGAAUACUUAUAAUAAAACUUCAAUCCUUUCACCGCAAAAUCCAACACGAAGUCACUUAGUUAGCACUGUCCUGAAAGUGCUUGGAAGGGUCCGUAAAGAACAAGAAUUAAACAAAUAUAGAGCUAUCGAUGUCUACUCUCUUUUUUCUUGUCUUGCGAUGGAUGUAAUUCUGGCAUUCGAGUUAGGGAAAGACAGUGGAACAAAUUUAUUAGAGCAUCAGGAAUCAGAAGAGGUUGUUCAUUGGUAUAGAAAAAAGGAUAGUAUGGGGUUCUGGACUACAUUAAUGCCACGGUUUUGGAAUUUGGCUGCAACGAAAGAGAUCAAGCAGGCUGUUAAUAGUAUUGAACAAUGGCAUAUGAGUUUGUACUCUCAUGCAGAAAAAAAUAUGAAUGAAGAGAAACAAUCCUAUUGUCCUAGCUUAAAAGUUUUGCAACUAAAUGGAUUUCAUGAUAAAAAUGCUUAUAGUUUUAUCACUGAUAAUAUAUUUGCUGGUCAUCGAACAACUGCUAUACAAUUAACAUAUUUAUGUUAUGAAAUCUCAAGACCAGUAAAUAGAAAGUGGCAAGAUAUUUUGAAAAGAGAAUUAGUUGAACACUUUGAUGAGCCGCUAAAUAAUGAAAGUAUAAUACAAGAUUUUGAAAUAGUAGAUAAGCUACCUGUUUUGAAUGCUCUCCUACAAGAGAAUUUACGGGUUCAUUCUUCAAUUCCUGGAGCACAGCCAAGAGUUGUUGAUCGUAAAUAUACAGUGGAGGUGCAAAAAGUAGAUAAAAUCCUGAAGGUAUUAAUUCCUGAAGGAACCAUCAUUUCUUGCCUUCCAUAUGCAAUGCAUAGACAAGAAGAGAUAUUUCCAUCUCCAGAUAACUUCAAACCUGAAAGAUGGCUACGGUAUAACGAAGAGAAUGAUGCUGAUUUUAAAGCACGUAUUAGCAAUCAACAAAGAUUUAUGAUGCCAUUCGGUAAGGGAAUUCGCCUGUGCUUGGGAAUGAAUCUAGCUCUAUUAGAAAUCAAGUUUACACUUGCUAAUUUGUAUUGGCAUUCUCGAUCAGAAAUAUCUGACAAAUGGUGCAAAAUAGAAAAUACCCUUGGUGGGUGCCCUAUAAAGUUGGGGCAGAUAUCUCAGGGUAUGAAUUGUACGGAUCAAGAGAAGAUGGUAAUGGUGGAUUCAUAUACAACCCGCCCAUUGAACGAUGAAUGCUGGCUAAGUUUCUAUUUUCGUAACAACUGA